AUGACUAAUCUCGUUAAUUCCAACCUGGGAUUUAUUGUCUUUGGAUUAAUUUUUGCUUCGUUCUACGGGAGCGCGACGAGAAUAUUCGAUAUCGAAAACAUCCCAGUCGUCAAGUACGUGGCAGUUGCCGGUCGCAACGUUACGAUCAGUUGCCCAGGAGUAAACGAGCACUCACUAAUCGAUACGCUCAUUUGGAAAACCACACAAACGGUUGCGGAGUACGUUAAUGGGCUGCCGCUGGUGAACAACCCGAGGAUAACUCUUCUGCCGGACAACUUCAGUCUGCACAUCAGCCCGACCAGCUCGGCGGACACGGCCGAAUACACCUGUCUCUUCAACGAUCGCCACAGCCCGGAAGCGAUUGCGGAUCUGCUGGUGCAGGAUGUGCCUGACCCGCCCGGACGCCCACUCGUCGUAAGCUUCACGUCACGUUCGGUCGAUUUGUCGUGGGCCCACUCGCAGGACGCUCGGAACGCCCCCGUCACGAAUUUCAUCAUCGAGACGAGGGUUGGUGAAAACGGUGACUGGAAUCAGGUGUCGCCCAUCUACACCAAAUCGAAUCUGGCCUCCUAUCAGGUGACGGGGCUGCUUCCCUUCACCGUUUACAGCUUCCGAAUUAUCGCCGUAAACGAACUGGGCCACAGUUUACCCUCGAAGGAGUCGUACUACUUCGUAACGCUGCGUGAAGCACCAACCGGAAAGCCGGUAACGACGAUAGCGCACAACACAUCCGCCACCUCCGUCUACAUCUCGUGGAAACCCCCACCGCCGGACACGAUUUUGGGCGAGUUCCUCGGCUAUCGCAUAACGUACCGCACGCGCGACCGCCACCCGGACGACGUGAAGGAGAUCUACAUCCGCGACAGCACCGUGGAGAGCCACGAAAUACAUAACCUCGAAACGUACACGCAGUAUCUCGUGUCGAUACAGGUGUUUAAUCCCGAGGGAUUAGGGCCUCCGACCACCGUGCUGGUGAUGACGGACGAAGGUGUUCCAACUAAGCCGCGGAACCUGAGCGUGCUGGAAAUAACGUCCACCACGAUUCGCAUCAGCUGGCUCGAGCCGGAAAAGCGGAACGGCGUCAUCCACGGCUAUCGGGUGUACUACGUCUACCAGAACCAAACGCUGCUCCACCUGCCAAUCCUGAAGAACGACGCGGCCCAAAACGCGGUAUUCUACUAUACGCUAACGAACCUGAAGCCGUUCACGGACUAUCGAAUCAUCGUGACGGCGUUCACGCUCAAGUACGACGGCGAGCCGUCGGAGGUUUCGCUGCGAACCGACGUCGGCGGUCCGAGUCCGCCGAGGGUGCAGAACCUGACGUGCCACUCGCUCGACACGCUGUUCUUUAGCUGGCGGAUACCGCGCGUCUACCACGCGUCGAUCGAUUUCUACAUCGUCAACUAUCGCAACCUGGAGUACGACGACUCGCACGAGAUACGCAUCUCGGCCAACGCGUCCAUCGUCGAGACAUCGAUGAUCAUACCCAACCUGACAACGAACAGCGCGUACGAGGUGAAGGUUCGUGCGGCGACCGUGAGUAUAGUCAACCCGAAAAAGGUGGUCCUCGGCACCUACAGUGAGCCGAUAAAGAUUACACUGAGGGUGAAUUGUGAGCAGUAUCAGCCGCCACCGUUGCGGCACAAUCCGUACGUGGACCAGGAGCUCGUGAUACUGGCCGGCAUCGUGGUUGGCUGUUUCGGUCUAUUGCUCAUUAUCCUCGCGAUAGUGCUGUGGAGGAAAUGCUUCCACACGACCUACGAGGGUGGUGAGCAGCGAGCCACGGAGCGGAAUGACCACAAGCCAGUGCAAUCAAACGGCUGGAAGACGUCCUGCGACUCGAAUGGCAUCGUGCAGACCUCGAUCCCGUCGGAGGAAUACAUCAACGGGCAGCAGCAGGCGAUGAUCGAUCGGUUCCACCGCUAGGAAUCUCGACCACGCGCAGCAGACGACUGAUUAAUGUAACGCACUCACUGACGGCACAGACUGCAGGCAUGUCGGCCAUAGCGCUCCCGCACGCUGUCGGAAUCGGAGGCUAGCGUGGGAUGAAAAAGUACCUGACUAGGAUAAUUUAACAUAAGUCGUUUAGGUAUCAGCAGCACUAGUGACGAACUAAGGAAAAGGAGCGUGGCUCGAGACGAGGCGAAAGCGAUUUUCUUUCGAUGCUGCGUUUUAAUUUUUACUUAUUUUUUAUCGGCCGAUCCGGGUAGUUAUUCAAAAUUCACUCGAUUGAAAGUUUUCACUCGACCGGUGGAAAAUUCAUCGCGAGCCACCCGUUUUGUCAGCCGGUCUCGGGAAGUCGACCAGCCGCCCGGUUUAUCUGCAUUGAAACCGCCUAGGGUAUUUAUUAGAGCGAACAUCCGCAUUGGAGUGCCAUCCGGCGGCAAAACUUUCCCUUUUUAGCCUUUCGUUUCGUUUUCCGGCGGUCUGCGGAAGGAACUGAAGAUAUAUAAAUGAAAGACUUAGAACGUUUUGUUUGCGCACACAACUUUCCCCUCCGCCCAGAAGGAGCGGAGAUUAGCACUCGGAUGCUGAAGGAAUCGAGAGGAGCAUUUUGCUAGAGCUUUGCGUAGCUGUUUUCAAACGUUUUACCGUGGCUUCGACGAAAAACUGUCACGCUAGCUGUGAGGCCAAUCGAAAGAUAAUGUUGUGUGGAAUUUAAGAUAAAAGAAAACUAAAACGAAGAGAUAUCAUUACGAACGCCUGUGUACAUAUUAUGAUUCCUGAUAGCAAAGCAACGAAGGUGUAAAUUGAUAGAGCUAAUAAAUUGAAAAAUAAU